AUGUGGACAUCUUUAGUAGUUGGUGGGAUAAUAUUGGCAGCAGCAGUGUCUCUUGCAACAGUCUGGGCUCUUGCCUUGGUAGCUGGGGGUUUAGGUAGAAUAAUAUAUUCGAUUGUGGUUGGAGUGAGUGCUGUAUUGGGUGCAGUAGGCACGGUGGGUUCUACUGUUACUAGUGGAAAGAGAGACAUCUACAACAACGAUUGGCAACAUGAACAAUUUAUGGUGGUUGACGCAAUGAAUACGACAUAUUACUUCUAUGAUGUAUUACAGAUUCAUGGUAAUAGUGUUCAUGAAUUAUUAACUAAGUCAAUUAUUAACCAAUAUAUGGCUUUUACAACUAACGGGACAGGUAGCGAUAAUGCAGGAAGGUUAUUAGGCUAUAGGGAUAAUGGAACACAUUUCAUACUAACAGAACAACACUAUUCUAUAACAGAAUUAAUAGAUGACAUAGUGGAUCAGAUCAACACAAUGCUGUCUGUAUAG